GCCACGCGUCUAUGUUGCUCUAUGGACUUCUCCACCUGGCAGGGGUGAAGGAGGUGUCCCAUGAUGGCGAAGCUUCUGGCAGUCCGGCAGUAUCGCUGGAUGACAUCAAGGAGUUCCGACAGUUUGGCUCCAAGUGCCCAGGGCAUCCGGAGUAUGGCGAGACCUCCGGCGUGGAGGUUACUACUGGCCCUCUGGGCCAGGGAGUGGCGACCAGCGUAGGCAUGGCGAUCGCCUCGAAGUGGCUUGCGACAAAGUUCAACAGGUCCGACUUCCCUCUCUUUGGCUAUGACAUCUACGCGCUGGCCAGCGACG